GACUUGUAAUAUUAAUAAAUGUAUUAUUGAAGCGAUGAUCGUAUCAUAUGAUUGAUUGAUGUUUUAAUAUAUUAUUGGAUAUAAUAUACGAUUGAAUUGUAAUAACAUUGAAAUGAGUGCUCAAUUGGUAAUCACUUGAAUAUUAAUUAAUUUACAAAUUAAUUGUUUUAAACAUUUGAUUACAACAAGUGAUACCAUACUUGUCUGAUCUCAAGACGUUUGUGAUAAUCAGCGAAAAAAAACAAUGACUUCAAUGAAUGGGUCGUUGAGUGUAAUUGAAGCGCAAGCGAUGGCUCAAUACAUACAGACAUUUCUGGAUUUAGUGGACAAUAUUCCCAAUGAUAUCUCAAGACAUGUCACUCAACUUCAUGUCAUACACAACAACUACCUUAAACUCAUCAACAGAAUGGAUCAAAACCUCGAUAACUAUAACAAAUUGUUGACCACUGAACAAGAUAUUAGUUAUCCUCAAAGUCAAGUCAUGAUUGAUAAAAGAAGAGGUUUGAUGAAGAAGAUUGAGAUACAAUUGAUUCAAAUACAAGAGUUGGCCGACGAAAAGCUUAGAUAUUCACAGCUAAUCAUUGAUUUGAUUGAAAUGAAAGCUAAAGAAUUGGAUUUAGAUUAUGAAGAAGUGAUGAGAUUUAAUAGUAGGCCUAAUAGUAUUGUUAGAGAUAAUGUUGUCCACAAUGGAAAUGGUGGUCACAACAAACCCAUCGCUAACAUAACCUAUCAUUCCUCAAAUGCCAGCAAUUUUGAGAUAAAAGAGGAGAAAUACACUAAAAAUGUUAACAAUGAAGACAAGAGUGACGGCAAAGUUAAUGACAAACGAUUGCUUCCUCGCAGAGCUUGUGCUGUAAAAAGUAGUCAAAUAAUUGAUAUAAAAGAUACUAAUGACGAGUCAUAUGUGCCGAAAGUGACACAAAACAAGAUAAUUAAGUCUAAGAAAUAUUCGAAAAGUCAUAAUUUUGGUCUUUCAAUGGCAAACUAUUACCGAGAUAUGGCUCGUAGACGGGCAACACUUCCCAAAGUGGCCAAAAUGGUGGCCAAAUUGAAAGAUAAGAAUUGUUUGCAUUCGGUGAAACAAAGCGCCAAAAAAUCUAAUCGAAAGCCAAUUAAACGUCUAAUUGAAGUUAAGUCUAACAAACAAAUGAAUUCAACAAAUAAUUUAAUCAACAAAAAGGUUAACAAUAAGUCUAGCGAUUCGAUGUCUUCAUCUUCGAGCUCUUCAUCAUCGAGUAAUGACAAUGAAAUUUAUGAGUCUCCGAAAGUUUUGAACAAUUCUAAUAUAAAUGGUAAUCAAAUGAAUACUAGAAGAGAGUCGAAGAGGACAUCAAGCAAUACAUCCAAUAGUAGUAGCAAUAAGAAAGGCAAAAGUAAUUCAAACCAUACGUCGAGUUCAAGCGUUGAGAACAUGUUUAUCGGGGAACCGGUCGAUCCAAAUGAACCGACCUAUUGUUUGUGUAGUCAAGUGAGUUAUGGAGAAAUGAUUUGCUGUGAUAAUGCUUUUUGUCCCAUUGAAUGGUUUCACUUUCCUUGUGUUCAUUUGUCUCACAAACCUAAAGGCAAGUGGUUUUGUCCCAAAUGUAGAAAAGGAGAUAAAUAUUCAGUGCCUAAGCGUACCUUACAUUCAGCCAAAGAUUAGUCUUUUCUUAAUCUAUUCAUACUUUUAGCUUAGUUUUAGUUAAUU